AUGUCCGCAACUGACUCCGAGUCGGACUAUUUUGACGAUGACUUUGUCGUACCUGAUUCCCCUGGCGGUGACGUCGCUUCACCACGUCCGACCAAACGCCGUCGCGUACAAUCGCCGACGCGCGGGAAACAGGGCGAUCGCGAUGCCGCAUCCGAGACGGACUCGUUCUCCGACAUAGAUGAUGAGGUAUUCUCACGAAGGCGAGACUCAUCAACGGACUACGACCGGCAGGCGCGAUCCAAGUCUCGUAGCUUCGUGCCCAAACAGAGCAAUUUCCAAGAGAACAUCUUCGUUACCCAACUUACGCAGCCCGACUCAAGCCCCGAACGAAUCCGCGGUCCUAGGUGGCAGAAACCAGAUCCCAAAUCGCCGUCUCCAGAUAUGAUCAGUACCCCCAAAGUCAAUGAGGCGAGUCGAAAUGCUCAACAGGCUGGAAACAAUUAUUAUGACGAGGAGGAAGCCCUCAGGGCAGCUCUGGCCACUUCGCUGGAUGCAUUCGAGGAGGAGAAUAACAUGCGCGGAAUGGCUAAUUCGACUUUGCAACAACCCCAACCUGCUCAGAAUCACGGUACAAGCAGCGCUUUGAUGGAUGCUUCGUUCGAGCUCGAUGAUAUCCCAGAUGACGCGUUCGAUUCAUCUCCAUCAUUGUCGCCAGUAUCACGACCUGCCCAACCUGCGAUGCCCCAGUCCAGCUUUCAGCGACCUACGAACCGGCCUCAAUAUAUGCGACAAAUGACGCUUUAUGGAAUGGCUGCACAGAAUCAGGAUCAAACACCACAAGAGAAAGAUUGGGCACCACCGGAGAAAAACGAGCGUCCGACCCACCACAAAUUGAACCAGGAUUCAUUGAAUACCUGGUGGUAUCCGACCAACCUGGGAACCACUCGAGAUUACCAAUUCAACAUUACCCAAAAGGGCCUUUUCCAUAAUCUACUCGUUGCCUUACCUACCGGUCUGGGAAAGACCUUCAUCGCAGCAACAGUCAUGCUCAACUGGUUCCGAUGGACGAAGGAUGCGCAAAUGGUCUUUGUUGCCCCUACCAAACCCUUGGUAUCACAACAAGUCUCGGCAUGUUUGGAUAUUGCUGGCAUCCCACGAUCGCAGACGACCAUGCUCACGGGAGGUGCUCCGCCUGGUCUUCGUGCGAAAGAGUGGCAGUCGAAGCGUGUGUUCUUCAUGACUCCGCAGACCUUGAUCAACGACUUGAAGACUGGAAUCGCCGACCCAAAGAGAAUUGUCCUGUUGGUCGUUGACGAGGCCCACCGCGCUACUGGUGGUUAUGCAUAUGUGGAAGUGGUCAAAUUCCUUCGACGCUUCAACCAGAGUUUCCGCGUCCUGGCAUUGACCGCUACUCCCGGAUCAACAGUCGAAUCGGUGCAAGCAGUCAUCGAUGGUUUGGACAUAUCACGAGUUGAAAUUCGUACAGAAACCUCUAUUGACAUUCGAGAUUACGUGCAUAGCCGUGAUAUCGAAAUUGAAAUCUUUGAGAACUCGGAUGAGAUGAUCUUUUGCAUGGACUUGUUAUCCACCACACUGAGACCACUUGUCAGCCAGCUUCGGACUAUGAAUGCUUAUUGGGGCAACGAUCCCAUGGGUCUCACAGCCUUCGGUCUCACCAAAGCAAGACAGCAAUGGAUGGGAUCUGAUGCAGGCCGCAAUGCCAAUUUCGGGCUGAAGGGCAAGGUUAAUGCCAUUUUCACUGUGCUUGCAAGUUUAGCGCAUGCUAUUGACUUGUUGAAAUAUCACGGAAUUGUACCGUUUUACCGUCACAUUUUGCAUUUCAAAUCCAACACCGAUGGCCAGAAGGGAGGCAAAUGGCAGAAGCAAGUUGUACAAGAUGAGAGUUUUAAGAAACUUAUGAGCCACCUUGAACCUUGGACAAAGAACCCGGAAUUUAUCGGACAUCCUAAAUUGGAGUAUCUCAAGUCCGUGAUCUUGAACCAUUUCAUGGAUGCUGGAGAGGGGCAGGAUAAUAUGGAAAGCAAUGGCAGGCCUGCAACGAGAGUUAUGAUUUUCGUGCAUUUCCGUGACAGCGCCGAAGAGGUGACAAGAGUGCUGCAACGGUACGCGCCCAUGAUUCGACCACAUGUCUUUGUGGGACAGAGCUCGGCCAAGGGCUCCGAGGGAAUGGACCAAAAGACCCAGUUGUCGAUAAUCGAGAAAUUCAAAGGAGGAACCUACAACACGAUCGUCGCCACGUCAAUUGGUGAAGAAGGUCUGGAUAUUGGCGAGGUCGAUCUCAUUGUGUGUUACGAUUCCUCUGCAUCACCUAUUCGCAUGCUGCAACGAAUGGGUCGAACGGGUCGCAAGAGAGCGGGUAAAAUCACUUUGCUGUUGAUGAAGGGCAAGGAGGAGGAUAACUUUACCAAGGCCAAAGACAAUUACGAGAAGAUGCAACAAAUGAUCGCCAGUGGAACCCGGUUUACCUUCCACGACGACCGAUCUGCUCGCAUUCUGCCUCCAGGGAUCCGUCCCGUCGCCGACAAACGACAAAUCGAGAUACCCCCAGAGAAUUCUCAGCGAGAGCUUCCCGAACCAAAGCGCAAGGGCAAGGUGCCCAAGCGGCCCCCGAAGAAAUUCCAUAUGCCUGAUGAUGUUGAGACUGGGUUCACCCGAGCCUCAACGCUCGAGGAGAGCUUUGCCAAGUCGACGAAAAAGAAGACGACACCCAAGAAGCGACCACGCACACCAACGCCAGAGCCGGUAGAGGUGCCACUUUUGGAGGAGGUUGUCCUCUCUGCAAGCGAACAACAGGAGCUGGAACGUCACUAUCAGAAUAUUGGCGAUACUUCACCCCAAUUCAUUCGCUACCCGAGGACCGAUGCUUUCCCACAACUACAACUCGUUGCCAGACCGACGAAGAUGGUGACACAUGGCUCUUUGACCCGUCGAAUGAUCACAACCUUGCAAAAGAUGGACAAGUCAGGCCCUGACUGUGAAGAUCGAUAUAAGCAGAUCAUAGCAAAGGAGACGGAGAAGGCUGCCAAAGCUCCUCGUCGAUCAUCCUCUGAUGCUACGGCGAAGCAGUCACGCCGACAUGAAACAAAUAAACCGUCUCGGCGCUCUGGGCCUUCUCGAUCCGCCACCAGUGAGGCUCUAGACUUUUUUGACGAUGGAAUUUCCGCAUUGAUGUCGCCCAAUCAUUCAGAGCCUGAGUCUCAACUACUGCCAUCGCCCCCCAAAGCUGUCGAAAGCGACUUCGACGACGAUGACUCUGACUUUGACCUUCCGGAUGCAAGUGUUCUCUUCCAGCCGAAGGCAAAGCCCCAACCCGAGCCCCGACCAAAACCAUGGAGGGCAAAUAGGACUAUCUUCUCUGAUAGUGACGAGUGA